AUGUCAGGAAAAUCAGUUUCAAGUCGAAGCAUUCCCGCUCGAAUCACUCAAUUCCCAUAUUACGAAAGCUUAUUUUUCCUCUUGGAAAGAUGCAAAGGGAAGCGGCAACUCAAUCAAAUUCAUGCCCUUUCAAUCAUUUCAGGUCUCAUUCGAAAGCCCUCUAUAGCAAGCAAACUUGUUGCUUCUUCGGCCUUGAGCCCCCUUCCUGGCACAACUCCUAUAGCCCGUGCAAUCGCUGAUCGUAUUCAAGGUCUUGAUACUUACACUUGGAACACGAUCGCCAGAGGUUAUUUGGAGGCAAAUAAACCCGAAGAAGCCUUUUCAGUUUAUUCCCUCGUAAGAAGAAGAGCCCUGAGGGUUGAUAGUUACACCGUUCUAUUUGCAAUCAAAGCGUGCGAGAUUAACAUAAUUCAAGGGGAACAGUUGCACGCUCAAGUUUACAAACUGGGAUUCUCGCACGAGCUUAUAAUCCGAACUGCCAUCAUGCAAAUUUAUGCGUCGUACGAUAGGAUUUCUCACGCGGAACAAAUGUUCGAUGAAAUGCCCCAAAGAGAUUUGGUUAUGUGGAACUCCCUUAUUGCUUUAUAUGCUCAGAAGCGGUUCCCCUUGAAAGCACUUCAAGGUUUGCGCAGUAUGGUCAUUAAUAGUAUUCGGCCUAAUGAGGUGACUGCAGCAAGUGUUCUUUCUUCUUGCUCUUCGAUGAAAGCAUUGAAAGAAGGCAGAGCAGUACAUUGUUAUGUGAUCAGAAAGCUCCGCCAUUGUGAUAUUUUUCUCAACAAUGCCUUGAUUGGAAUGUAUUCCAAUUGUGGGGAUCUCUCAAAAGCCCUCCUCAUCUUCCAAUUGAUGCCUUCAAGAAAUGUGGUUUCAUGGACAUCAAUGAUCAAGGGCUAUGUUGAUAACAACUGUCCACAUGACGCAUUGAAUUUGUUCACCAAGAUGGAAUCUGAAAACAUGAGACCAGAUGAGGUUAUCGUGUUAGAGUUAAUAUCAAUGUGCUCCAAGUUGGGACGCUUUGAACUUGGACGACAUAUCGAAGCCUACCUAGAGAAGAACAUUAUCAAUAAAGAGAAUCACUCUAUUGCAAAUGCUUUAAUGGAUAUGCAUGCCAAAUGUGGUAAUAUGAAGAAGGCUUGCCAAAUUUUUGAUGGGAUGAUGCGGAAAACUCUAGUCUCUUGGACUACAAUCAUCAAUGGGUUAGCAAGGCAUGGCCACGGCAUGUUGGCACUAGUCCGAUUCUGUCAGAUGCAAAGAGAAGGUUUUAAACCAGAUGGGGUCAUCUUCCUCAGCAUCUUAUCUGCUUGUAGCCAUGCAGGUUUAGUGGAUGAGGGAUUGAAAUGUUUUGAAUCAAUGAUCAAUGACUAUCAUAUAGAGCCAUGGAUGGAGCACUAUGGAAGUAUUGUGGAUCUUCUUUGCAGGGCGGGGCUAGUGAAAGAGGCAUUAGACUUUGCUGAGGCAAUGCCAUUAAAACCAGAUACCGUAGUGUGGCGAAUGUUGCUUGGAGCAUGUCAAAGACAAAGUAACAUAGAAUUAACACAUCGUGUCGCAAAGAUUUUACAUGAAGCUGCGCCUAAAAGUAUUGAGGAUUAUGUACUGCUGUCUAAUUUUCACGCAGCCAUGGAAGGAUGGGGUCUUACGCAAGAACUAAGGGGAGAAAUGAAGAUUAUGGGUCUAAAGAAGCAGGAUUCAGGCAGUAGUUUGGUCGAAAUAGAUCAUGCUCUAUAA